AUGGCAUUAUUGCGUAAUCGCACAGAAGAUAAAAUCCUUCAUAUGAUUUGCAAAAAUUCAAUGGAUCCUCGCAAGAACAAAAUAUUUCAUCUUGACGUUUUCUGGAUAUUUUACCUAGCUGUAAAAAGAUUAAAUAAUCCCAAUACUCAGAGUUUUACUUUGACUUCCGAAGUUCCUGAUUUCUUUCAAGGCUUAGAAGAACAAUGGGCUGAGACAAAAGAGAAGAAUGAGGAGGCGAACAAGCAAACAAAAAAGAAGACAAAGGAGUGGUUCUAG